GCGCACAUUCAUCAUGGCGAGCGUUGCAUCAGCCACGAGCGCACCAUCAUCUCAUUCUUACAAGGAGCUUGAGAAUAAUGUGGCAGACAAUGCCUCUAGCUUUAAGGCCGCAGACACAGUGACACAGUUAGCAAAGACCCAUAAGCCAAAACCUGACCUAAAUGGCCUGAUGUUUGGGACUGUUUUCACUGAUCACAUGCUGACCAUCGAGUGGAGUCUUGAGGAAGGCUGGCAAAAGCCGCAUAUCCAGCCUUUUGGGAACCUGUCCAUACAUCCAGGCUGUUCUGCCUUGCAUUACGCUAUACAGCUUUUUGAGGGUAUGAAGGCGUACCGGGGGCCAGAUAACAAAGUGCGUCUCUUCAGACCCAUGAUGAACAUGAAGCGGAUGCAGAAGUCCGCCCACAGGGCCUGUCUGCCUAGUUUUGAUGGUGCAGAGUUGUUGGAGUGCAUCAGGAAGUUGGUGGAGGUGGAUCAGGACUGGGUUCCUCACUCAGACUCUGCCAGUUUGUACAUCCGUCCCACCUUCCUGGGCACAGAGCCCACCCUUGGUGUGAAGAAGCCCUCCAGUGCAUUGCUGUUCGUCAUCCUCAGUCCUGUGGGCUCUUACUUCAGCACAGGAGCUAAACCAGUGUCUUUGUGGGCCGACUCUAAAUACAUCCGAGCUUGGAGAGGAGGGACAGGAGACUGCAAGAUGGGAGGGAACUAUGGAGCAUCUAUCUAUGCCCAGUAUGAGGCAGUGGAUUACGGCUGUCAGCAGGUUCUGUGGCUGUAUGGGGACAACCAUCAGAUCACAGAGGUCGGCACCAUGAACCUUUUCCUCUACUGGAUCAAUGAGAAAGGAGAGGAGGAGCUCGCAACACCACCUCUAGAUGGCAUAAUUCUGCCAGGCAUUACACGGCAAAGCAUCCUAGAACUUGCUCGCAAAUGGGGUGAGUUUAAAGUGUCCGAGCGCUAUUUGACCAUGGCCGAUCUUCAGCAGGCUUUGGUGGAAAACCGAGUGAGGGAGAUGUUUGGUUCUGGAACAGCUUGUGUCGUUAGUCCAGUUGGCAGGAUCUUAUAUCAGGGAGAGAAUCUACAUAUUCCAUGUGAGGGAAGCCUCCCUCCACUUGCCUGCAGACUGUUAAAUGAGCUCACAGAUAUUCAGUAUGGACGGACCCCCAGUGACUGGUCUUGUGUCGUAUAAAGGAACCUCACUGUUGUCAACGUACACAAGCUCUUCAACACAUUUUAAAACAUGCACAUUAUACAACAAAAGCUUUAUUUGUGGAUACAUGGAAUAAUUACCUGCCACGUAGAUGUAUUUUUUGUUUUGAAAAAA